AUGACUUCACGACUCCUUCAAGUUCCACGAGAGAUUCGAGACCUCAUUUAUGAAUAUGUACUGGUGCGCGACAUCAUACUCAUCGAACGAGCCGCGGCCACCGUUCCUGAAAUCACGGCAAAGCAAUGCCCCGAAUUCUAUAGACAACUUAGGCAGUCAUAUCCCUUGACACACAUACGUUCCCACCGCCGAGUUUGGGCAAUACCACGAUUUGAUAUUGGUCUACCAUCCUUCAAAGAUGAUCCCGAACUCCCUCCAAGCCAUGUUCAGAUGACAUAUCAAAUCACACGCCAAUCCAGUCUCCCAUUUGGUGAACAAAUCGGCAUCCAUCUGCUGCAAACCUGCCAGCAAAUUUAUCACGAAGCCCGAGAUAUCUUCUACGCCAAAAAUGUAUUCGGUUUCAAGACAGUAGAGGGUAUCCCAACGGCAUUUGCGUUCCUGUGCGAUCGGCCCGCCAAGUCGCUCAAUCUCAUCUCAUCCAUGCAAAUCACCUUGGGAGAGGGGACAAAUUUAAGAGGCACGACUGAAGCCCAUUAUCCCAUAGUCGCCAGAUCCACAGACUCGGUUGUACUGCGGUAUGCUUACAACGACUUUACCAAUCUCUGUACCUUGCUCUCGAGCCCACGCAUGCAGUUGAGGAAACUUACCCUUGUUAUCGACAGUUUACAUCAGUUCUAUAGGCCAGUGUUCCCAUCCCCUACAGAUUGUAUCAAGUGGGAGGCGCAACGGACGACUGCUUCGCGCCCAUGGGUGGCUCCCUGGGUCCAACCGCUGUUCAAAGUGGAGAACCUCGAGUGCUUGGAAAUAUAUUGGAGUCUCGAUCGGCCGGAAAUCUGCAGGAUGGCAGACACAAUGUCUCUCAUGAGACAGCAAAUGCUCGCACCAAAAGGCUUCCGGCGACACGGUCGGUCCGACUCCUUCUGCAUGCCAAGAUUUGACUUUAGGAUCAAUUAUCAGGUCAUCACGCAGGAAAGAACGUCCAUCUAUUGCGAGCUGUCCCGAAACGACCUGCUUCAUAGUGAUGACAGCAAACACGACGACGACGGCGACAACAACCACAAAAACAACAAAUACAGCGGAAAGCUGCAAUCAAGCGAGGAAAAGUUGACUAGGGCAUGGCGGCAACAAAUCCGACGUAUUUUUGAGAUUUCCGGUUGUUUCCAUCAUCUUUACCCACCAUCUCAGUUCCUCUCCAUCAUGGUGACCAUGUCAUCUACUUUCAGCGCUCUUGGCGACCUUCUGCAGAGCAAACCAGUCAUUGUUUACCUCGCACUGAUCACACACUAUCUUCUUCAUAUCUUUGACUUCACCAUCGCAUUCUACUUGGUCUUACGCGGGUGGGCUCUAGCCUUUGCGGGUUUAGCAGCUAUCAUAUACACGACUGGUCAGCAUGCCGGGAGUAUAGCAGCCACAGUGCAGAUCACAGCCACGGUAGCAUCAGUAUACUUUAGCGUUCUGACUGCUAGCAUCUUGAUUUAUCGUGGAUUCUUCCAUCGUCUUCGAAAGUUCCCAGGUCCUUUUGGAGCACGGCUCUCCAAGGCAUAUGGAGUCUAUACCGGCGUCUUCCGUACUGGAGCCCGAUAUUUUGAGUGGCAGGAGGAACUCUACCAAAAGUAUAAGUCAGACGUGAUUCGGACUGGUCCAAGAGAGGUCACAGUCUACUCGGCUGAUGCCGUUCCACUCAUUCAUGGUCCCAUGUCCAAAUGCGUCAAGGCUGAAUCCUUCUAUGGAAUCAGUAGGGAAGCCUCUGGGGAUUCGCUGCAGACAACACAGGACAAGAUGGAGCACCGUCAGCGGCGCAAGAUCUGGGAUCACGCCUUCAACGCAAAGGCUUUGCGCGACUACGAGCCUCGCCUCAAUCGACAUGCUCUUACUCUGAUAUCAAGACUUAAAGAGGAAUCGUCAAAAGGCCCAGUAAGAAUCACCAAUUGGCUCAACUUUUACAGCUUCGAUGUCAUGGGCGACGUGGGAUUUAAUCGCAGCUUUGGUAUGCUUGAAAAGGGUAAAGAAGAUGAGAUUAUCAAGUUACUUCAUGAUAGCAUGGUGCCGCUCAGCGUGGGUAGCCAUAUCCCUUGGGCGUUGGUACUUGCAUUGAGAACUAGCACUGGUGCUAAGCCACUAGUUGACCACUUAGAGUGGAGUCGCAAGGUACUCGAGGAGCGCAUCAAGACUACACCAAAAGAGAAAGACGUUUUCGCAUCACUGCUGAAGGAAGGUGACGAUCAAGUCACACGUGACAUGAUCACUGAUUCUCGGCUUUUGAUCGUAGCCGGCAGCGACACAACAGCGGCAACACUGUCCUUCCUCGUCUGUGAACUCUGUUCCAAGCAAGACAUUCAAGCCAAACUUCGCGAAGAGAUUGAUGCCAUCAACCCCGGAAAAGCUCAUCUCGACGUCAAUGAUCUUCCAGAAUGCGAAUAUCUCAACGGUGUCAUCCAGGAAACUCUACGACUUCACCCGGCGGUCCCCUCUGGCCUUUUGCGCGAAACACCCCGCGAGGGACUUACUCUCCCCGAUGGAACUUACAUUCCCGGAAAAGUCAUCGUACAGGUACCAACCUACACCAUCCAACGCGACCCACGCUACUGGGAGAAGCCUCUCGACUUUAUGCCGGAACGCUGGUUCUCCGAAAGCCCCACCUCGGUCAUGGACAAGCGCACGUUUCUCCCCUUCAGCACCGGGCCCUACAACUGCAUCGGACAGAAGCUGGCUAUGAUAGAAAUGCGCUCCGUCGUCGCGAACCUGGUGCGAUCGUUUGAGUUUGCGUUUGCAGACGGCGAAGAUGGAAGCGCGGUUAGAAAGAAGACCCGCGACUGCUUCACUGUGACUGUCGGUAAGCUGGAUGUUAAGCUUACGCCUAGGCAUACGUGA